CUGAACUCUUUCACUGGUCAAUUGUCUUUCUCACGUCCACCACAUCUCAACGAUGCUGGCUCAUACCAAUUGGUGCUUGUGGUCAAGGAUUCUGGCAGUCCAGUGUUGUCAGCCACAACUACUGUGUCUUUGAGUGUGACAGUCAGUAACAGGACAUCGUCCAUAAUGACAGCUACUCAGUUACAGCCCGAUGCAGCAAUAGACUUAACGUUAUUAAUCAUCAUUGUAGUAGCAGCUGUAAUAGUAUCUGUGGUGAUUGUAGUGUCCAUCACAUUGUGUAUUGUGAAAUGUAACUGUGGUCAGUCUAGAUCAAGGACCAGUAGGGCUGUUGACCAAACAGUUGUGUGUAACAGAAGAGAUCAAACAUUAACUUGUCAGAACAGCAGCACCACACCUGGUAAUCCAGUCAGGUAUUCUUCGGAGAUGAAUAAAAGAAAUACUCAGUUUGUGGAAUGUAAGAGAGACUUUUACCCACAGUAUGAAUCUCAAAGUGAGUGGGCUGCUACUGUGUCUAUAGAGAAGAGACCACCAUCAACUGUUCAGCUUCCAAAAUGGUUACCAAAACGCUAAAGAUUCCACAAUCUUCACCUAUUCUAACAUAUCGGAUAUUGAUGGUGAAUUUAGAGCAAUUGUCUAUUAUCUGUGUUUUAUAUUCCUUGCAAUAUAGAAUUGUAUAUUGU